GUGAUACUGUAGUUAAGUGCCGCUUAUUCAAACCCGUGCGUUUGCCCUCUCGCGCCCUGCCCAUCCCGGUCCCAGAACCCGAGAAUCUCACCUGUCACCCUCGUUGUGCCGAGAGGAUGAUGGCUUCUCCAUCUCCUUCUCCGUCUUGUGCUUUCCUCGCUGGCUGCUCUGGAAAGUGAUGUCUGCCUCGUAUUAGACACAGCACUCGAGCGAAGCCACGAUUUCGACGACUCCUUUCGCAAUCCUCGUCACUUACAUUCCUUCCCUGUCCGCUUCGAACGUCUUCGCGUCAAGUCGAGAGAAUUGCAUCAUCCAUCCCCUGGUGGCGUGCCGGUACAGCUGUCUUGCGGCACGGUGGGAUGUUAAAUUGGAAUCGUUCGGUUGGCGAGCGCUGUCUGUAGUCUCGUGUGUGAGGUUGCGUUGAUGCAGGAUGCGCUCGGAUCAGAAAUAGUCUGUUGCUUUUUAUCGCUGUCACUGGACGGAAGAGGAGCUCGCGGAUUGGGUUCAGUGCCGGGAUGAUGAUGACGACGACGAUGAUGAAUGCGCUUUGGAGGGGAAGAGCUCGCCCUUUCGUUCGUGGGCAUGAAUGAUCACCGCGAAGGGUGCGUUUACGAUUCCGUUCUUCAUGACAUCUGUCGUCGAACUUUUGGGGCACUUUUUGACAGUGGCCCGAGGAGGAGGAGCUUGUGGUUUCAAGUCGGGAGACAGCCUCUUUCGCAUCGCAGGCAUGUGGGAAGAGGGGCCUGUGGGUUGGUAGUUUCCCAUGUACUGCAGGUGGUGAGCCUGUGGGAGAUUGUCAGCUGCCGGUGGUUGCAUUAGGAGGAUUAUCUGCGGCAGCCGCAGAGCUGUUUGUAGGCUUCAAUAGGUCGUUCGCGUGCAUGGUCCAUUCGACGGAUGCUCGAGAUGGUGCGUGUUUCAGCCUAAGCUUGGGCAGCCAAUCGGGAGUGUACUGGAAGCCGCUGGAGGGCUGAUUUCAAUGCUGUAUAGAGAAUUGGCGGAAGCAAGAAUGACGAGAAGUGCUCAGCGGAUCAGGGGGCCAUGGUGGCCACGCACCUUUUUUAGCCCAUGGUUCACUCUACGAGUAGCAUACGCGGACAUCGACUAGACUGGGCAAUGCGCAGGAGGCUUUCACCUACGCGUAGCGGUAAUGUGGAGAGGUGUAGCAGAAAACAUCAGCAUGAGACCUGGACGUCGAGCCAAGGCUGCAGAAGCACAUGUUGCCAAGAGUGGGGAGAUAAAGGUCCCUUCCGGGACAGGUAAAGCAGGGGUACUCAGAGAGUUCUCAAAGAAGUUCGCAGAUAGCAAUGUGUUCAUCAGUCAACUGCAGGAUUGGUUACAGGAAAAACUGGACCAAUUUGAAGAGGAGUCGCCACCGUUUCCACCUCCGUUUCAGGUGGAGGACUUACGACAGCUUGACUAUGCGCUUGAAGGCGUGCUGUUUCAGCAGUUGUUGCGCAUGCCCCCACCAGCUGCAGGACCUCCAUCCGCACUGGUUGAAUCGGAUAUGUACCUCGCCGUGGAAGACUUUCUCCACAUAUGUGCGGAAGGCUUGUGGGAGACCUUCUGGAAUACGGAUGAUUCGAUGCCAUUUUUUGUGAAUGGACCUCGAGGAUCAGGAUCUAAAAUUCAUUCUGUGGAAAAAGCAUCCAGCAGAGGUAGAGUUAGUGCUCUUCCUGGGGUGGCUUUGAUUGCAAGGAAUGGCUCAGGGGGUUAUGUUAUGUGGGACCACAUCGCUCAAUUUGUGGAGGUCAAGUCUCAUGUGGCCAUAACCAAUCAGUCUGGGACAGGAUACGUUCUGACAUCGGAAAGUCUAGGCUGCGCACUUUUUCAUGGUUUGCUGAUGCUCCUUGCUAGGGCAUCCUCUGACAAGAAGUCUGCUUAUCGGAAAAGUAUAGACACAGCAUAUGUACUGGUGCUUGACUCGAAGUGUGGCGGCGUGCUGAGAUUGAAAGGAGAUGUUUCCAAGCUGGAAAUGAAUUUGGAUUCAGUAUACUCGAGUGCUGGUGAAUGGAUCAGAAAGCACGCGGAUAUAGGCUUGUCUAAUGUUGACACAGUUUGGAACAAUCUUGGGAAUCCAAACUGGGGAGAUUUGGGUACACUACAAAUCUUGAUGGCUAUCUUCCACUGCAUAGAGCAGUUUAAAGGAACGCCUAGGAGGUCAAUUGCAGAGCUUGCGGCUGAACACAACGGACGGGUUCAAAGAAGAAAGUCUGAGCGACGGGUCUUAGAAGUGCAAGAGAACGGAAAUGAUUCCUCUCAUCAACAUCAUUCUCAUCGGCGUAGUCAUCGAGAAAUCGUGGAGAUUGAAGAAGAAGAAGGACCUGACGGUGGGAAAUCACCUGAACACAUGAAGCUUGAGCCGGGAACAAUUUUGUGGCUGGAAGAUGCCCAUUGGCAACGAGGUUUUCAAAUUCAUGAAGAUUUGGGUGGUGGCAGACGUUCUGUGUACGGUGCAACUUCUCUAGAUGAUAUGGGCAAACCGCUCGCAGUAUAUGUUGGCGCCCAUCCUUCUCAGCUCGAGCCCUCGUGGGAGGAUAUGAGUAUGUGGUACCAAGUGCAACGACAGACGAGAGUGUUGAACAUCAUGAAACAAAGGGGCAUCUCUAGUAAAUACUUGCCCCAAUUGAUUGCCUCAGGAAGACUCAUGCACCCUGGGCCUUGCACCAAAAAGAGUCCAGGAGGACGUUGUGAUCAUCCCUGGUGUGGAACUCCAGUACUUGUUACGUCUCCUGUUGGGGAAUCUCUCGACGUGGUCGUUGAGCGCGAGGGGUUCUUUUCAUCGGAAGAGGCGCUGCGCUGUUGUCAUGAUUGUUUAUCUGCAUUGCGAAGUUCCGGGUCUGCUGGAAUCCAACAUGGGGAUAUCAAUCCAGAGCACGUGAUUCGUGUCAACGGAGCAGAUGGUGAGUUUUACUACGUCUUAGUAGACUGGGGUCGUGCUGUACUCGAAGAUAGAGACAGCCCCGCCAUAGCUCCAAGAUUCUCGUCAACGUCGGCUCUUCAAGAAGGAAAGCUUUGUCCUGCCUCUGAUGCAGAAAGUCUAGUCUAUCUCCUCUACUUCGUUUGUGGAGGAAAAACACCCGAGUUCGAUACCAUGGAAGCUGCACUGCAAUGGCGUGAAAGAGUUUGGGCGAGAAGAGCCAUUCAACAACAACUGGGAGAGGUUUCUGCAGUGUUGAAGGCCUUCGCGGAUUACGUGGACAGCUUAUGUGGCACGCCUUAUCCAGUGGAUUAUGAUAUAUGGUUGAGAAGACUGAGCAGAGCCCUUCAUCAUGAUGAUCCCGGCAAGAAGAUUGAUUAUCCAUCAACUUCUGGAAGACUUGACUACGUAGCUGAGUCUUCGGGGACGUCGGGGGCUUCUUUGAACUGAAGGUGGUAUUGAGGAAAGGCGAAGUUUGCUUUAUUCCAUAAGAUAAAUUUAUGGUGAAGGUCUUGGAGAGUAAGUCAUGUGACUCGCAAAUACGGCACCUGCCUCCCUGGUUGUGGUGUUACCAGUCAAAGCCCAUGCUUGUACACGAAAUAUCAUUUUUGCAUGAAAGUAUUGGCUGAUGAAGAGGGAAGAUACCAAAGACGAGAUUACUUCAAAAUCUGGACGGCAACAUGUGGAAAUCGUUCCGACGCCAACUAGUAGUAGUGAGUAUUCAUGAGGAACCAUUAUCCUGGCUCGCUUGCAUCAAUUGGAAAGAACUUUCGGUUAUCUUAUUGACCUAAAUUUUGUAGAGGAGAUUUGUACACAUUGUCUGCAAGUUCUUUCCAGUGUAGAGAAAGAAAAGUUGGGAUGCCUAGCAGUCGUGGAAGUUCAAGAGAGGCCUCCAUUCCUUCAGCUACAUGUACAGCCGUCCCCUCUGAUCUUCCGACCUUGUUAUGAUAUGUAAAAGGCAUUCAAUUGUAGGAGUUGAAAUCAAGGGGGAAACCUCAUGUUAAUUAAGAGAGGAAAACCCUCUGUCUUCCUAUUUUACCUGAU